AAAAAAUUUCAUAGUAAUUUUCUUAUUUCAUACUUAAAACAACAGUAUAUCUGUUUGCUUCCAUUGAAGUAUCAGGUCUGACACCUCAGAAAUGGUAAAGGCCAAACAAGGCAUUUGGGACAUUUUUGCCUUUCCCUAUGAAUCUGUGGACUGCAUAAACUCUUCUGUGUAUUGCAGCAGCAAUUUUUCCUGUGGUCAAAAGCAACAGCUACCGCCUUUCUAACCACAGCAGGCUCCUGAACAACAGUUUGUCUAUUAGACGGAAUUUGCAGAACAAAAUUAUUUCCUGGACUGGGUCCAUUGGGCCACGGCUUGUGUUGAGAAUGACGUUAGGAGCAGAAAUUACUAGCCAGCUCAAGGCUUCUUCUUACAUAGCAUCAGGACGAAACCUUUUGAGAUGGGACCUGUCACCAGAGGAAAUUAGAAAAAGAACAGAAGAACUUAUCAAGAAGACAAAGCAUGUAUAUGACAGUGUCGGGAUGCUUGAAAUCGAAGAAGUAACACAUGAAAAUACUGUAAGGGCUUUGGCAGAUAUAGAAGUAGAAUAUGCAGUGGAAAGAAGCAUGUUGGAUUUUCCCCAGCACGUCUCCACUGACAAAGAGAUACGCUUAGCAAGUACAGAAGCUGACAAAAAACUGUCAAAUUUUGAUGUGGAGAUGAGCAUGAGAGAAGACGUGUUUCAGAAGAUUGUUUAUUUACAGCAAACCUGUGAUCUUGAAAAUGUAAAACCUGAAACAAAGCGGUAUCUAGAGAAGUCUAUUCAAGUGGGGAGAAGAAACGGACUCCAUCUUCCUAAAGAAGUGCAGAAAGAAAUAAAGGCAAUGAAGAAAAAAUUGAAUGAGCUGUGUAUAGACUUUAACAAAAACCUGAAUGAGGAAAACACAUUUCUUGUAUUUUCUAAGGAAGAACUUGAUGGCCUUCCUGAUGACUUUAUUAACAGUUUAGAGAAGACUGAGAAAGACAAAUAUAAGGUUACCUUAAAGUAUCCUCACUAUUUUCCUGUUAUGAAGAAGUGCUGCAUUUCAGACACCAGAAGAAAAAUGGAAUUUGCCUUUAACUCAAGAUGCAAAGAGGAGAACACAAAAAUUCUGCAGCAGUUGCUCCCACUAAGGGCAAAAGUAGCAGAGCUUCUUGGCUAUAAUACACAUGCCAACUUUGUCCUGGAGGUAAACACGGCAAAGAGCACAGAUAACGUAACAACCUUUUUAGAUGAUUUGAGUAAAAAGCUAAAGCCUUUGGCUGAGGAAGAAAGACAAUUCAUUCUAGAUCUGAAGAAGAAGGAAUGUAAAGAAAGAAAUUUUGAUUAUGACGGAAGAAUCAAUGCAUGGGAUCUUCAUUAUUAUAUGAGCAAAACCGAAGAGCUGAAGUACUCCAUAGAUCAAGAAAAACUGAAGGAAUACUUCCCAAUUGAGGCUGUUACAGAAGGCUUACUGAAUAUUUACCAGAAGCUGCUGGGACUUGAAUUUGAGCAAAUAGAAAGUGCUCAUGUUUGGCACGACAGUGUUACUCUUUAUACAGUAAAGGAUAAAUCAACAGGAGAAAUGCUAGGGCAGUUCUAUUUGGAUCUUUACCCCAGAGAGGGAAAGUAUGGGCAUGCAGCCUGCUUUGGUCUACAGCCUGGCUGUCUUCUCUCUGAUGGCAGCAGAUUGAUGUCUGUAGCUGCUCUGGUAACCAACUUCACAAAGCCAACAUCAGAUCGUCCAUCAUUGCUGCGACAUGAUGAAGUGAAGACUUACUUCCAUGAAUUUGGUCACGUAAUGCAUCAGAUAUGUGCACAGACUGAUUUUGCAAGGUUUAGUGGAACUAAUGUGGAAACAGAUUUUGUAGAGGUACCUUCACAAAUGUUUGAGAACUGGGUGUGGGAAAAAGAGCCACUACAACAGCUGUCAAGACAUUAUAAAGAUGCAACCCAUGUUGGAGACGCUCUUCUGGAGAAGCUUGCUGCCUCUAGACUUGCUAAUACAGGACAUCUAACCCUCCGUCAGAUUGUUCUGAGCAAAGUUGACCAGGCACUGCACACAGAGCUGUCUGUUGACCCAGCAGAUGAAUAUGCCAAAUACUGUAUGGAGAUUCUAGGAAUUCCUGCCACCCCAGGAACAAACAUGCCGGCUACUUUUGGACAUUUGGCAGGUGGUUAUGAUGGUCAAUACUAUGGAUACCUGUGGAGUGAAGUGUUUUCCAUGGAUAUCUUUUAUAGCUGCUUUAAGCAAGAAGGAAUAAUGAAUCCAAAGGCUGGGAUGAAAUACAGAAACCUCAUUUUGAAACCUGGUGGAUCUUUGGAUGGAAUGGAUAUGCUACAAAAUUUCUUGAAGCGUAAACCAAGCCAAAGAGCUUUCCUGUUGAGUAAGGGAUUACAUGUUCAGUAAAGUUAUGAUUCUUUUGUAAUGGCAUUUAAGUAUGGACUGAACUGGAAACAUCAGUGUAUUUCACAUUUUAACUAUGUAUAAUUCUAGGGAAACUGGGUCAUUUUUUGAUAAUUUUUUUAAAUUGUAUAAAUAAAAAUGUGACUUUUAAAACAAAAUUUCAUAGAACUACAAAAUUCAACACAUCAGGGAAAAAAAAUUCUGAGAUGUGCAGAAGCUGAGGAAUUUGGAUGGUAAUUUUUUUAAACUGUUAUGAAAUAAUACGAGUUAAUACUAAUCAAUAUGAGGAGUUAAUGCCAUGUUUCUCUUUUAAGACAUGCACUAAAAUUAUGUCUUGUGAACUAAUUUUAAAACUGAAGGGGAUAAAAAGAAUACAACCAGCAAUAAAGGAAACAGAUUCAUUCUUUAUUCUCUCUUGUAUUGAUGGCUCACCAGUGUCUCUGAUGGAUAGGAAGUGUUUGAUUUUUGUCUUUGUUUGAAUUCAGUCCAGCUACCUGACGAAUUUGAAGUCUGAGAACCUGACCCAGAUACCUUUACAGCAGAUAUGUUUUUGUCAUACUUUAGACCUAAUUCUGAAGCAUUGUACCAUUUAUAUACUUAUAUAGUAUAACUAAAAAGGGAAAAAUCAGCCAAAAUCUGUGGCUGAUUUUUCAGUUAUUCCACCACUCUUUUUGUUGAUGACCACAAAUCAGGUCUUUGUUUUCCAAAUUAUAUCAAUACUGUCACUAAAAUAUUGUACUUGAGCAAUUAUAAUGGCUUCAGUUGGUUUCUUAAGUAUUUUGAGAUACAAAUAAGGAAGGAAGGAAAUAAAAUAUCCCUAAAGGGAAUGAUAAAAGCCAAUUAAAAGUUUUUCUGUUCCUUUCUGGUAUGGCAUGCAGAAAUGCUACAAAAAAGUGCAAUAGGUUUAAUAGUUUCAGCUAUAGGAGUGUAAAAGUAAUUGAGGUAUUAAUCUGCAGUUUUUCUGCAAAAUUAGGAAAAAUUAGUCUUAGAAGCCAACUCUACACCAUUCAAAUAAAGCUGUUAAUCCAAGUGCACUUUUCUUGUCUUAGGUAUCUUACUAUGGUUUUACUAUUACAGCAUGUAUAUGAACAGCCUUUAAAUUUUAUUUACUACCCAAUACAUUUUAGACAUUUGGACCACAGUUGUAAACAUGGUAGGGGUCUAUAGUUUUUGGCUCAACCAUGAGUUAAGAAAAUUCACCUGGUCAACUGAAAAGGCAAACUUUUUUCAGCAAAAGAAAAUUGAUAUCAUUCACUUUGGGUCAAAGAUGUCCAUUUGUUUUAGGGGAAAAAACCUGAAAUUUAGAUUGUUCUCACAAAUUGUGAGUAUUUCUCAGAGUGAGAAGCUUCAUUUUUUGCCCUUUUUUUCUUUAAAAAUGUUGAAACUGGGGAGUUAAAAAUGAGUUUAAUUAGUUUCUGAAAUAGAAAAUCUGAAUGGACUUACCUUUGAACUGCACCAGUUAGAUGUGAGGAAUCAUAACUAUCUGUAGCCAAAACAGAUUAACUCUAUUGUCUUACCAGACCACACAAUUAAGACAAAUCUAACUCUUACGGUCAGUUGCAAUUUUAGGCCACAGUUAUGCUGGGUUCUGAAAAGGCAAUACAUGGAAAUCACAUGUAUGAGAAGACCUUGAACAAUACUCAGCAUGGCCAGAAUGGAAAGCUGAGAAAACUGAUGGAUACAAGAUUACCCCAAAACCUGUGAAUUUUGCCUAGAUUGAUUUCCCAUACAUUCUUUUGCUUACGGUAUUUUGCCAUCUUUUUAUACAUGUUUAAAAUUCUUGUGAUUCUCUUAUCAACAUGUUUUUUUCUUUCACACUGUAAUAAUAUCUCCAAAGAACGAAAACAUUGUAAAAAAUAUACUAAAUUGUACUUUCCCCAAAUUAAUCUGCAAACCUAAGCAAUGGAACCUUUAUUAAGGAACAAAAAUCAGUUUUUAUUUUAUGGUUGGUAGGCAGAUUUCCACAUGAGGGAGACCUUUCUCUGCAUAAAUCAGCAGUCUUGGGUCAAGGUAGAUAAUUGUAAGUACAGUAUAUGGACAAAAAUAUGUGGUGGUAAAAAGUCAUGUAGUGAUUUAAAAGUUAGAGUUAGAACAGUACUGAUGGUAAUUAUGACAAUUUAAUUGACUUUUUAAUUUUCUUACUCUUUAGUGUGUAUGUUUGUAUGUUGUACAGUGUUGAGAAGCCAAGAUGCUGAAGUGCAGGAGAAUGUCUGCUAUUACUUGUGUGUGAAAAUGCCUGCAUAAUUGUACAGUUAUGUCAGCAGCAAAUGGAUAUCCAUGUGUGUAGGGAGGAAAAACUAAACCAUAUUGUAACCACAAAUUAAAGUGUUGUGUUCUAUAUCUGUUCCGAAGGAAUAGGAUUUGCUGUAAUUUGUUUUGUAGAAGCCAGUUGCUUCAUCAGGCAGUAAUUAUAUCAGAUCAGCCUAUGGCUAACACUACACUCAGCAGAGAAGACUAAUGGGUAUGUUCUGAAUUGCUUAUGAAAAUCUUAAUGUGGUAACAUAUCAAACUUGUCUGCUAAGUUUUAUAUUGGCUUCCUGGAGCCUUGUGAAUUAAAUUUGGGUUGGAUUAAAUGACUUUUUUUAUUGCAACUAAAACUUAUUCUGUGAUUCUAUAAAAUUUAUGUUCAUGUUUUUACUCUCAAUACCUGAUCUUGGGAUGGAAAAGUAACCCUGGGUAAAGACAUUUUUUGUUUCUGCACCUGUCUAUAAUAGGUGUAAAACUUUGUAUAGGAAAAACUUUUUCUGACACUAUUCUAAGGCUGUGACAUGGAGUCCCCCAAUAAAACAGGAAACACUUCUGUUUUGCAAA